CAGGAAAAACGACUGUUUGAAGAUCCGCAUUUCCCCGCACAAGACAGCUCUUUAUUCUUCAGCAGGAGACCACCAAAGAGGAUUGAAUGGCUUAGGCCUGGAGAAAUUGUUCGCGAACCUCAGCUCAUCACUGAAGGUCACUCUCGCUUUGACGUUAUUCAGGGAGAACUUGGCGACUGCUGGCUGCUAGCUGCUGCCGCCAAUCUCACGCUGAAGGAUGAACUGUUUUAUCGUGUCGUUCCUCCAGAUCAGUCCUUCACUGAGAACUACGCCGGUAUCUUCCACUUCCAAUUCUGGCAGUACGGAAAAUGGGUCGAUGUUGUGAUCGACGAUCGUCUUCCUGCAUCCAAUGGCGAGCUGCUUUAUAUGCACUCGAAGAGCAACAAUGAGUUCUGGAGUGCUCUUUUGGAAAAAGCUUAUGCCAAGUAUAUAGUGGAUCAUUUUCGAGAU